CUCCCUCAACACACAGUGCAUCAAGAAGCUGUCAGGAGAGCUGAGGACCCAAACACAAACGGGCCUUGAGAAAUGUGGCUCUUCUUCCUCUUGGUGUCAGCCCUGUUCUGUAGGGCAGGAGUCUCCACCCCCAUCCCUCAGAAGCUUUUUGGAGAAGUUACUUCCCCUCUGUACCCCAAGCCUUACCCCAACAACUUUGAGACAACCACUGUGAUCACAGUCCCCAAGGGAUACAGAGUGAAACUCGUCUUCUGGCAUUUUGACGUGGAGCCUUCUGAAGGCUGUUUCUAUGACUAUGUCAAGGUCUCUGCUGAUAAGAAAGAUCUGGGAAGGUUCUGUGGGCAGCUGGGGUCUGCACUGGGCAACCCCCCAGGGAAGAAAGAAUUUUUGUCCCAAGGGACCAAGAUGCUGCUGACUUUCCACACAGACUUUUCCAAUGAGGAGAAUGGGACCAUCAUGUUCUACAAGGGCUUCCUGGCCUACUAUCACGCUGUGGACCUCGAUGAAUGUGCUUCCCAGCACAACUCAGCAGAGGAGGACUCCCAGCCCCAGUGCCAGCACCUAUGUCACAACUACAUUGGCGGCUACUUCUGUUCCUGCCAUCCAGGCUAUGAGCUUCAGAAGGAUGGGCAUUCCUGCCAAGCCGAGUGCAGCAGUGGGCUGUACACAGAGCCAUCCGGCUACAUCUCCAGCCUGGAGUACCCCCGGCCCUACCCCCCUGAGCUGCGCUGCAACUACAGCAUCCGGGUAGAACGGGGCCUCACCCUUCACAUCAAGUUCCUGGAGCCAUUUGAAAUUGACGACCACCAGCAAGUGCACUGCCCCUAUGACCAGCUCCAGAUCUAUGCUAAUGGAAAGAACUUGGGCGAGUUCUGUGGGAACCAAAGACCUCCUGACCUUGACACCAGCAGCAAUGCCGUGGAUCUGCUGUUCUUCACAGAUGAGUCGGGGGACAGCAGGGGCUGGAAGCUGCACUAUACCACUGACAUUAUCAAGUGUCCCCAGCCCAAGCCCCUGGAUGAGUUCACCAUCAUCCAAAAACUGCAGCCUCAGUACCAGUUCCGCGACUACUUCAUCGCCACUUGCAAACAAGGCUACCAGCUUGUGGAGGGGAACCAGGCACUGCUGUCCUUCACAGCUGUCUGCCAGGAUGAUGGCACAUGGCAUCGUGCCAUGCCCAGGUGCAAGAUCAAGGACUGUGGGCAGCCCCGAAGCCUGUCUAAUGGGGACUUCAAUUACAUCACCAGAAGUGGGGUGAACACCUACGAGGCCCAAAUCCAGUACUACUGCCAUGAGCCAUAUUAUAAGAUGCAGAUCAGACCUGGCAGCAACGAGAACACACGAGGGUUGUACACCUGCACAGCCCAGGGCAUCUGGAAGAAUGAACAGGAAGGAGAGAAAAUCCCUCGGUGUUUGCCAGUGUGUGGGAAGCCCGUCAACCCUGUGCAACAGAAGCAGCGAAUCAUUGGAGGGCAAAAAGCGCAGCCGGGCAACUUCCCCUGGCAGGCGUACACCGUCAUCUACGGGCGAGGGGGUGGGGCCCUGCUGGGUGACCGCUGGAUCCUCACAGCCGCCCACACUCUCUUCCCCAAGGACCACAACGCACAGGAAAAUGUCACCAAGGAUGUGUUUCUGGGCCACACAAAUGUGGAGGAGAUCCAGAAAUUGGGAAAUCACCCUGUCCACAGGGUCAUCGUCCACCCAGACUAUCGUCAGGACGAGUCCCACAGUUUUGAGGGGGACAUUGCCCUGCUGGAGCUUGAAAACAGUGUCACCCUGGGCCCCAACAUCCUCCCCAUCUGCCUCCCUGACAAUGAGACCUUCUAUGAUAAAGGUCUCAUGGGCUAUGUCAGUGGCUUUGGGAUAACAGAGGAGAGGAUUGCUAACGACCUCAGGUUUGUCCGCUUACCUGUAGCUGAUCGAAAGGCAUGUGAGAGGUGGCUCCAGGAAAAACAGAGUAACGAUGUGUUUUCUCAAAACAUGUUCUGUACGGGGGACCCAUCUCUAAAGCAGGAUGCCUGCCAGGGUGACAGCGGAGGUGUUUUUGCAGUGAGGGACACCAACAGCGAUCGCUGGGUGGCUACGGGCAUCGUAUCCUGGGGCAUCGGAUGCAGUAAAGGAUAUGGCUUCUACACCAAACUACUCAGUUAUGUGGACUGGAUCAAGAAAGAGAUUGGGGAGGAUGUCUGAGCCUAGAUUUCACUAGGCCAGAAUCCAGAGAGCAGUAAAACAUAGUAAUCUGACCAGUAGAUCACCACUAAGAACCCACAUUAAAACCGCUGAUGCAGAAA